GUGUCGUCGAAAAACAAGGAGUUUCCCGACAUACUUAGACAUUAUCCGGAGCUCUCCCAGUUUUCCACCAGUAUGUCAUGGAGUCGCUGACGAGAGCGGUGGUGUUCCUGUGGCGGGUGGUUCCGUUGGUGGGGAUGUUGGGGCACCCAGUCAUUGGCAGUAUGGAGUUUGCAAAGAUGAAGGUUAGCAAUUACCUCCAGUGCUACAGACUUUGUGUGGUAACCGGUGGGUGCCACUCCCCAGAGUAUGACGCCAAGAGCCGCGGAUGCAGCCUGUACGUGGCGCCUGGAAACAACAGCACCAAAAUUCCUGACAAUCUACCCCAGGGAUACACAGCAGAAAAGAUGUUCCCGAGCCCGUGUGAAGCUCGCCCCUGUACAGAGGGCCACGUCUGUGUUCACCUGGAGUCGGGGAACAACUUCAUGUGUGUCUCCGGACCAGAUUGCGGUCGACCUCCACCACGACGUACUUUGACAGUGUCAGACACGAGCGUAGCCUCCUUGGGAGCAGCGUCUGUGUACACGUGCAUGACGGGCUACAACACAGCCGGGGGCAGCGGGGUCGUUGUGUGUCAGAACACUGGACAGUGGUCAUCUCCAACACUAAAGUGUGCAGCUGUUGACUGUGGAAUGCCACCAGCUCUCCAUAAUCAGUCUGUGGGUCAAGUGACAAGCACCGACUUCAACAGCAACGUCAUGUACAGCUGCAAUGUCGGCUACACCUCGACAACGGGGACUGGUGACAGCGUCUGCCAGGACACCGCCAUCUGGUCGACUCCAACCCAAGUCUGUCAGCUCGUGGAUUGCAAGACCCCCGUCGAUAGGAGCAAUGCAGAUCCUAGCGUCGUUGUAGCAACCACGUUCAACACGUCGGUGACGUUCACGUGUGAUGCAGGGUUCAGAAAUCAUGGCGGGAACGACACAAUCAUCUGUCUGGAGAAUGGACAAUGGUCAUCGACGUCUCUGGACUGCCAAGUCAUCCCCAACUGGAUCGCGACGAAGACGCUGUCUGCAGGGCCGGCGACGUUGACUUGUACAGACAGGGUGUCCUCGGCAGGCAGUGAAGUGUCGGUGUCCUGUGAGGACGAUGAGAUGCUGACAGGCUGCUCUGCUAAAACUGCGUCAACAAGUGGGAAAAACAAUGGCGUGAAAGUUGUAUUGAUUGACAAGAAGCUUUUCUGCCAAAUCGACUCAACACAAACAACUAAAGCCUCUCCGCUCCAUGCCUCGGCAAGAUGCUGCAAGAAGGACGGGCUCCAGUGCGAGUACCUCAAAGAUGGGCCUUCAGGAAACAAGGACGGGGAUUCAGUUUCAACCACAUGCUUUCAAUCCUUCCAGGUAUUAGGCUGCAGCUCGUACCAAGUGAACGGCCGUCUGGACGGAACUAACAUGGACAACAGCUUCUGCCGAGCAACGACAGGGUCGUUUUCUGUCACAGGGGUGUAUUCCUACGCCACCUGCUGCCAGGCUCCGGGUCUCUCCUGCAGCGUGCACACACUCAGUCCUCGACCUGUCGGGAACCUCAUGAAGACAACUUGUCCAUCAGGCUCCACACUCACUGGCUGUGCAGGAUACAAUGCAUGGAACAAACAGCGAGGCUCCUAUAUUGAAGAUGACAGCGGAACGCCGACGUGCCAUGUGGACACUUCUGACGACAGAACUAGGGUGAUGUACGUUUGUUGCCGAUGAAGCUUGGAAUACGUCAGUCCCGGCGAUCUGGAUGGAGACAAUCACACAUCUUGCAUCAUCUGUGAUAUAUAUGCCCUGAUCCCAUCACCGCGUGGCAACUUCAUUUUGCUGCCACCACCUUUCUAACGGGGACAAGAAAUACCAAACGAAGGAACAUUUAGUGUAUAAUAGUAGUUGUGAAACACAAUUUGUACCUAAAUGGGUUGAGAUAAUGUGUUCAGUUGCUCGACUUUACCGUUGCAUUUUCUAUCACAACUGAGGCUUUCUCAAAAUAUAUUGUCAUAUAAGACUGAAAAAGUCACCACAACUCAUUCAUUCGAAAUGACUGUAUAUCAAUGUAUCAGUGAACAAGAAGAAGUUCUUAUAGAUAAACAACUUCUUUAUUUUAUAUUUAUUCACAAAAUAUACUGUUCGAUUUUGGCCCAGUGAAAUGUUCAUGGAAUAUUUUAUCCAUAUUAAGUUUAAUUAAUGUCUACUUCAAACAUGUGGACCUUCCAUCACAAGUUUAUUUUUAUUAUGUCUCCAACCUUGAUUCUUUUAAUUUUAAUUUAUUUUUUUGCUCACUUGAUAAAGAUUUACUUGGAAAUGGAAUAAACAGUAUCUAAAAAAAUGACUUCUUUAUCAGAAUUGAGGCGACGUUUCAGUAGGUUUUUUUCUCUCUCUCUCACUCCCUCUCUCUCUCUCUCUCUCUCUCUCUCUCUCUCUCUCUCUCUCUCUCAAUAGAAAGAUAGAUAGAUAGAUAGAUAGAUAGAUAGGGUUGAAGUACACAUCUUCACGUCAGAUUGCCAUCAUUCUAGGCCAAAGCACAAAAAGAUAGCUUAAACCAUACAGAAAUUACAACUGUGAACAACUUGAACGCUGACAAGUCCAGCAUUAUAUCGGCUGUAGAUAACGGUGGUGGUGCAUCACUGACUUCAACGUUAACGUCAACUGCCGAGAGAUCAUAAAGUUCAUAUAUCAACCACAACAUGGCUAAAUCCGGAUAAAUCACUCUAAUAUGUUGAUCAUCAUGAAUUCGCCAUGAGGUUUAAAGGGUAAAACGUGCAUAUGAACGGGUGAGAAUCACUCAAACUAUAAGGCUUUUUCAAACCAAAAUUCGUCAUGAUCCUAUAAAGC